AUGACACUAAUGACGACUGUUUUGUUAUUGCACGACAAAGACGAUAGAGAUGACGAGAUUCAUUAUGAUGAUUACGAUGAUUAUAACGUCGAUGACAAUGGUUAUAAUGACGACGACGACGAUGAUAAUGAUAAUGACGCCAACGUCAACGCCAACGUCAACGCCAACGUCAAUGCCAACGACGACGACGACGACGACGACGACGACGACGACCGUUCAGAUAAUGAUAACGACCAUGUCAUCGGUGACGGUAGUGUUGGCCGUGUUGGCGAUGUUGGCGAUGUUGGCGAUGUUGGCGAUGUUGGCGGUGUUGGCGGUGUUGACGGUGUUGGCGGUGUUGACGGUGUUGGCGGUGUUGGCGGUGUUGGCGGUGUUGGAGAUACAGAAAUAGAUAGAUAG